CUCGCAUCACAACAACUAACCCAAAAACACUCCCCAGUCUUGGCCUUUAAAUACUCGCUUUUCUUCCACCACGUUUCGUCUCUUCGUUACCGACUCACAGAGCAACAAACGAAAAAAAAAAAAAGAUUAAAACCGCUAGAAACCAACUCACUAUGGGCGAGAAGAAGAAGGGAGGCGAGAAGAAGAACGGCGAUGGAGGUGAAAAGAAGGAGGACAGUCCCAUGACUGUCGUUUUGAAGACCGAAAUACAUUGUGCAGGCUGUGCUACCAAAAUCCGUAAAAUCGUCCGAGGUUUUGAAGGGGUGGAGCAAGCGAAAGCAGAAAGCGAUUCGAACAAAGUGACGGUCAUCGGGAAAGUCGACCCGUCAAAGCUCCGUGAUGAACUCGCCGGAAAGUUACAGAGGAAGGUCGACCUCGUCUCUCCCCAGCCUCCAAAGAAGGAAAACAACGACGACAAAAAGAAAGCCGAAGGAAAAAAUAACAACAAUAACACCGACGACAAAAAGCCCAAAGAGAAAGAGCCUCCGAUUACGACGGCGGUUCUGAAGCUGAACCUGCACUGUAAUGGUUGCAUGGAGAAGGUACAGAGAGUUAUAAAAAGGACUAAAGGGUACCAUGACAUGUCCAUGGACAGGCAAAAGGACCUUGUGACUGUUAAAGGGACGAUGGACAUGAAAGCUCUGGCUCACAUUUUGAGUGAGAAGCUCAAAAAAACCGUUGAGAUUGUCCCGCCCAAGAAAGAAAAAGAUGGUGACAACGCCGGAGAGAAAGACGGUGGAAACAAAGGCGGCGGCGGUGGGAAGAAGAAGGGCGGCGGCGGUGGAGAUGGUGGGAAGGAACAGCAAGAGGGUGGUGGUGGCGGCGGUGCAAAGAUGGAAGAGAUAAACAGAAUGGAAACUAUGGGUCAUCCGGGAUUCGCUUAUGGAUACGGGUUCGGGUAUCCGAAUGUUGUGCAGCCUGUUUAUGGAUACGAGUAUCCACCCGUAUAUGCUGGCGAGUACCUCCAUGCACCGCAGCAGCACCACCAUGCACCCCAGCUUUUCAGCGAUGAGAACCCAAACGCUUGCUCCAUUAUGUGAGAGAGAGAGAGAGAAUAGGCAUCGUUUUUCAGAAAGAAAAAAAGACUGAAAAAGAAAUUGUAAAUAAGAGCCAUAGAGAGGGGUAGAUAUGGAAAAAUUUUGGAUGGGGGUGCGUGAUCAUCUAUUUGAUGUCUCAACCAAAGCUAUUUGUUUUCUCUUUAUUUGUUUUUUUCUGUUUGAUUAAGUUCCAAUGUCUAGUUGGUUACUGUUAUUGUUAUUAUUAUUAUUAUUAUUUUAAUAGUAAUUUGUAUUUUUAUGAA